AUGCCUGCGGAGCUGCUGCUGCUGCUGAUUGUCGCCUUUGCCCACCCCAGUGGUCAGGUGCUGUCCUCCCUGCGCAUGGCCGCUAUCCUGGACGACCAGACUGUGUGUGGCAGGGGAGAACGCCUGGCCCUGGCCCUUGCCCGGGAGCAGAUCAACGGGAUCAUCGAAGUCCCAGCCAAGGCCCGAGUGGAGGUGGACAUCUUUGAGCUCCAGAGAGACAGCCAGUACGAGACUACGGACACCAUGUGCCAGAUCCUGCCCAAGGGGGUCGUGUCGGUCCUAGGACCCUCCUCCAGCCCAGCCUCGGCCUCCAUUGUCAGCCACAUCUGUGGGGAGAAGGAGAUCCCCCACAUUAAGGUGGGCCCAGAGGAGACACCCCGACUCCAGUACCUUCGGUUUGCUUCUGUCAGUCUCUACCCCAGCAACGAGGACGUCAGUCUUGCGGUCUCCCGAAUCCUUAAAUCCUUCAACUAUCCCUCAGCCAGCCUCAUCUGUGCCAAGGCGGAGUGCCUGCUGAGACUGGAGGAGCUGGUUCGAGGCUUCCUGAUCUCCAAGGAGACUUUGUCAGUUCGGAUGCUUGAUGAAAGCCGGGACCCCACGCCUCUGCUCAAAGAAAUUCGGGACGACAAGGUCUCCACCAUCAUCAUCGAUGCCAAUGCUUCCAUCUCCCAUCUCAUCCUCAAGAAGGCCUCAGAGUUGGGGAUGACUUCAGCGUUUUAUAAAUACAUCCUCACAACCAUGGACUUCCCUAUUCUCCACCUGGAUGGCAUUGUGGAGGACUCAUCCAACAUUCUGGGUUUCUCCAUGUUCAACACGUCCCACCCCUUUUACCUGGAGUUUGUCCGGAGCCUCAACAUGUCCUGGAGGGAGAACUGUGAGGCCAGCAUGUACCCUGGUCCAGCGUUGUCUGCAGCCCUGAUGUUUGAUGCUGUGCAUGUGGUUGUGAGUGCUGUGAGAGAGCUGAAUCGAAGCCAGGAGAUUGGCGUGAAACCCCUGGCCUGCACCUCCUCCAACAUCUGGCCCCAUGGGACCAGCCUCAUGAACUACCUUCGAAUGGUAGAGUAUGAUGGGCUGACUGGGCGAGUUGAGUUCAACAGCAAAGGUCAACGAACCAACUACACCCUGAGGAUCCUCGAGAAGUCCCGAGAGGGCCAUCGGGAGAUCGGGGUGUGGUACUCCAAUCGGACUCUGGCUAUGAAUGCCACCACCCUGGACAUCAACCUGUCCCAGACCUUAGCCAACAAGACCCUUGUGGUCACCACCAUCUUGGAGAAUCCAUACGUCAUGCGAAGGCCCAACUUCCAGUCUCUGUCAGGAAAUGAGCGGUUUGAGGGCUUCUGUGUGGACAUGCUUCGAGAGCUGGCCGAGUUGCUCCGUUUUCGAUUCCGACUUCGGCUAGUAGAAGAUGGGCUGUAUGGGGCACCGGAACCCAAUGGCUCCUGGACUGGAAUGGUUGGGGAACUCAUCAACCGGAAGGCAGACCUGGCAGUGGCUGCCUUCACAAUCACAGCUGAGCGGGAGAAGGUCAUAGACUUCUCUAAACCCUUCAUGACUCUCGGGAUCAGCAUCCUCUACAGAGUGCACAUGGGUCGAAAGCCUGGCUACUUCUCCUUCCUCGAUCCCUUCUCACCUGCUGUGUGGCUCUUCAUGCUCUUGGCUUACCUGGCUGUUAGCUGUGUCCUUUUUCUGGCAGCCAGGCUGAGCCCUUAUGAGUGGUAUAACCCUCACCCAUGCCUCCGAGCACGUCCCCAUGUGGUGGAGAAUCAGUAUACCCUGGGCAACAGCUUGUGGUUCCCCGUCGGGGGCUUCAUGCAGCAGGGCUCCGAGAUCAUGCCCCGGGCACUUUCUACACGAUGUGUCAGCGGGGUCUGGUGGGCCUUCACCCUCAUCAUCAUCUCCUCCUACACGGCCAACCUGGCGGCCUUUCUCACCGUACAGCGAAUGGAGGUGCCCGUGGAGUCGGCUGACGACUUGGCCGACCAGACCAAUAUUGAGUACGGGACCAUCCACGCGGGCUCCACCAUGACGUUUUUCCAGAACUCUCGGUACCAGACUUACCAGCGGAUGUGGAACUACAUGCAGUCCAAGCAGCCCAGUGUGUUUGUGAAGAGCACAGAGGAAGGCAUCGCCCGAGUCCUCAACUCCCGCUAUGCCUUCUUGUUGGAGUCUACCAUGAAUGAGUAUCACAGGCGCCUCAAUUGCAACCUCACCCAGAUUGGGGGCCUCCUCGAUACCAAGGGCUAUGGCAUCGGCAUGCCACUGGGCUCCCCAUUCCGGGACGAGAUCACAUUGGCUAUCUUGCAGCUGCAAGAGAACAACCGGUUGGAGAUCCUAAAGCGAAAGUGGUGGGAGGGGGGCCGGUGUCCCAAGGAAGAGGACCAUCGGGCCAAAGGGCUGGGAAUGGAGAACAUUGGUGGAAUAUUUGUGGUGCUCAUCUGUGGCCUCAUCAUCGCUGUCUUUGUCGCUGUCAUGGAGUUUGUGUGGUCCACGAGGAGGUCAGCAGAGUCCGAGGAGGUGUCCGUUUGCCAGGAGAUGUUGCAGGAACUCCGUCACGCCGUGUCUUGCCGCAAGACCUCCCGUUCCCGCCGCCGCCGCCGCUACCCGGGGGUCCCGGGCCGGGCUGCUCUGUCCCUGCGGGCGGUCCGGGAGAUGCGCCUCAGCAACGGGAAACUGUACUCUGCGGGGGCGGGCGGCGGAGAGUUGGGCGGGGGUCACGGGGGCCCCCAGCGCCUCCUGGACGACCCUGGACCCCCUGGUCGGCCUCCGGCUCCCGCCCCGGCCGGCUGCACCCACGUCCGCGUCUGCCACGAGUGCCGACGCAUCCAGGCCCUACGGGCUGCAGGUGGGGGGCCCCCUCGGGGCUUGGUUCCCCCGACCGAGACCACCAGCCCCCCGAGGCCCCGACCCGGGCCCCCGGCGCCCCGGGAGCUGUCCGAGCAAGAGUGA